GAUCAAUAAAGUUAUUUCGGGGUAUACGAAAUACUUCAAUCGGAUAAGACGUUAAUCAAGAACAAGCACACGAAAUCGAAUCCGUCAACCCAUACCACGAGACUCUAUUUAUAGAUAGAGUCAAAAAUUCAUGACCAGACAUGAACGUUCGCGUAGACCCGUACGUUUGCGUGGAGAAGACGAAACACAUGAGAAGAAGAAAGCGUUUCAACAAAAGGUCUCCUGCGAUUUUAGAGUCAAAUUCGACGUUUAUCCACUAGUUAGCCACCAAUAUAUAUCCACUUACAUAGGCGGAUCGGACUACAUCAGUAUUUCUAUUGAGCGUUCAAAAUCUUUCCCCAUUUUUGCAACCCUAAUAUCUGUUGGUCAAAGGCGCGCUUCUCAACUUCAACCUAACAUGGCUGGAGGGGGUAACUUCAUCCAUCGAGUUCUCUCCUACGUGAUCAAUGAAGUCCUUGUCAAUGGGCUCGCCAACAGCCCAUCAUUCCAGAGAUUUGCUGUGAGGACAUCCAGAAAGAUCGAGGAGGUUUCUAAGUUAGCUGAACAAAAGAAGAAAGAGAUCAUGGAGCAAAUGAAUGAUGCAUCCAAAAAGUUCUGAGAGAGGGUAAAAAAGGAGUGCAGUUCUUGCAGUAUUUUAAGAAUGAUGUGGUGGGGGUUGGGGUAGCAUUCUUAUCUCAAGAUAUUAGUCACCAUAAAAAGACAUGAUUUUAGUGCAGCUACCUUAUUAUAAAGCAUGCUGUGUGUAAAUUUGAUUUACAUACCUGAUUCCCCUGUGUUUUCGACUGCAAUUUCUUAUACUUCCAUCUGAUGAUGAUGAAGAUAUCAAUGUUCCCCCCUAUCCAAAUCUGUUUUACCUUUUAAGAGUCUGUUCU